GGAAGUGGCGUCGGAGGAAGACGCCUGCAUACGCGGAAGUGUCGUUCUCCGUGUGUUUCUUGCGAUGUGUUGUGUGUGAUUGGGAAUGUAUUAAUUUGGCUUUGAUGUCGGUGCUCUACAUGGAUAAAUUAAGUCGUAUUUAUGAGCGUUAUCAGGAGUAUGUGAGGUCGAACCCGGCAGCCGCGUCUCAUCUGGAGAGCGCAGGUCGCGCGCUGAGCUACCUGAUUGCAGGUCGCUUCUCAGACUCUCAUGAAAUCUCAGAGUUGGUCUACUCGGCAUCUAACCUUCUAGUGCUGCUGAACGAUGGUAUCUUGAGGAAGAAUCUCUCUCGGACAUUGCCUAUGACUCUCUCUCAACAGAGACUGUUAACUUGGUUGUCUGUACUGGAGUAUGUGGAGGUAUUCACUGAGAUGGGGGCUGCCAAGCUGUGGGGCGAAGCUGGACGCUGGCUAGUUAUUGUUCUUAUUCAGAUUGCCAAAGCAAUCCUGCGUUGUCUCUUGCUUUUCUGGUACAAAUCGGGCAUCCAGACGUCACCACCUAUAAUUCCUCUGGACAGGGAUUCUCAGCUCUGUAGUCAAGAGAACAAUGCAGAAGAAGAUGAUGAGGACACUUCUUUUGUGGGCCAGCGUUCAGGAAGAGUGGUGAGACCACUGGGAAGCGCACCAUCGUUACAGUCUCGUCUUUGGGGUCUCCCUCGGAAAAACACAAAAAAUAGGAAUCGAGAAGAGGAGCUUCACUCAAGCCCCACACCUCUGGGUCUGCAGGAAACCAUCGCAGAGUCCCUGUACAUCGCAAGGCCGCUUGUUCAUUUGGCCAGUCUUGGGAUUUGCGGAAAACGUUCCUGGAAACCUUGGAUCAUCUCUGGUCUCUUAGAGAUAACCAGUUUCGGUUUGUUGAGUGACUUCAAGACGCUGAACCGCAGAGAGAGGGCUGAGAUGAGGAGACGGGCUUUCCUUCUCCUCUACUACCUGCUCCGCUCCCCCUUCUAUGACCGAUACUCUGAGACAAAGAUCCUCUUCCUUCUUCACUUCUUGGCAGAUUAUGUUCCCGGAGUCGGUUUGGUUGCGCGUCCGCUGAUGGAGUACUUGCCCAUUUGGCAGAAGAUCUACUUUUAUAACUGGGGCUGACGUCAAAGUGAAUCUUCCACAGAUCAGCGCCGCCAAAAUGUUAGUAGAAUGAGAGGAAGCCAUUUAGAGGAUGCGACACACAAGGACUCAAAUCACACCUGUGCCAGAACAUUACCACAUUUAUUGAGGAGUUUUGCAGUCAGGGAGUUAAAGGUACACUGCUGGCGUAUGAGAAUAUAUAUCUGGAUAAUGAUUUUCCGAAUGCUGUUUUGUUUAUCUUUUAGCUUUCACAAUUUUAUGCAUCUGAGCCUUUUUCUUACACUUUUU